AUGGACGGUGAUCCCGCGGUAGAGCCGGAGCUCGACUCCUUCAGCCUGACGUUCCCUCUACCGUACCGCGUCGGCUUCAUCGUCACCCUCGCCGUCUGGGGCUGGGGCCUCAACCUGCACUGCCUCUAUCGCUGCAACAUCGACGUGCCCUCGCUCAUCAAGUACCCGACGCGCACGUCGCCGCACCACGUGCCGCAUCACUUUACGACGUACCGUCUCGCGACCGUCCUCUCGGGCCUGUUUGGCGUCUCCAUCACGCUGUUCUGGCUGCUGACGUGGCGCAUACCGUCGCGCGUCAUCGCCUACGACUGGCUACCCCUGACCUACCUCGUCGCGCUGCUCGCCGUGUUUCUCGUGCCGAUCCGCGAUCUCCCCUCGGCCGGCCGACGACGCUUCCUUUCGACGUUUCGACGCAUCGCCAUUGGCGGCAUCGCGCAGGCGCAGGAUGGGAAAUUCGGGGACAUCCUCAUGGCCGAUGUGCUCACCUCGUACGCCAAGGUGGUGGGAGACCUCUACGUGAGCAUGUGCAUGUUCUUCCGCACGGGGGGGUCGGCUACUCAUCGCCCGGACCGGGACUGCGGAGGCACGGUCUUUGUGCCCUUGCUGAUGGCGAUUCCCAGCUUGAUCCGCUUCCGGCAGUGCAUCAUCGAGUACUUCCGCGUCAAGAGGGCGCCGUACAAGGAGUCGACCGGCUGGGGAGGGCAGCACCUCGCCAACGCGCUCAAAUACUCGACUGCGUUUCCCGUCAUCAUCACAAGCACACUGCAGCGCAACACCAGCGACCCGGACAGCAAGGCGGUCAUGAAUAAGCUCUGGCUGUUUGCUGUCCUGAUCAACUCGCUCUACUCCUUCUACUGGGACGUCGCCAAGGAUUGGGACCUCACUCUCUUCGCGGAGAAGAGGGAGCGCGCCGCGGCACAUCACCCAUGGGGCCUACGCGAAAGACUCAUGUUCAGACCCGUCAACCUCUACUACGUUGUGAUCGGCCUGGACCUGAUGCUACGCUGCACAUGGUCCAUGAAGCUGAGUCCGCAUCUGGACAAGUUCAGCGACUUUGAGAGCGGCAUCUUCUUGAUCGAGUUUUUGGAAGUUUUCCGGCGAUGGGUGUGGAUCUUCUUCCGCACAGAGGCCGAGUGGCUUCGACACAGUGGGACCGGCGGCCUGGGGGUGGAUGAUAUCUUGCUCAGGAGUGUCCAGGGAAAGGACGACGACAGCGACGACGAUGAUUUGAUUUAG